GUAUGUAUGAGUGUAUAUCAGCAAUCAGGUUUUUGAGACCGCGAUGCUUGACGAGGGUUUGUUACAGCUUCUACUUCGUGAGACUGCGUUGCCGGUGUUUACGAGGGUCCAUUACUAUCUGUUACAAGUUGCUCCGAGGUAUUGUUAUUGUUCGACUCCGGCUAAGUUUUCAUUAGCAGGAUUCGCACUGCGUUUCAACGUCGACAAGAAAAACCUAGACGUUUGCGUUAAAACUAGAUGACGGCAUCGCUGUUCUGACUCAUGAAAGCCCCCGCCUCACCAUCGGCGCCGUUACUUCAGCAACCAGUGAUCUUAGCAUUCGUGGUUACUCGCACAAAUGUAUUCUUAAAUGAGGCGCUUUGACCUAGAGCCUGUGAACAUUCGGUACUUUGGGCUAAAGUGGCUGACUGAUUGGUGAGGGGUUUGCGGUGUCUCACUCCAUGUCCAGCAUCCGAGGGACUUCAUGUAAUGAGAAAGCUGUGAAACAACAAAGCGAGAUAUUUUGCCGUUUCAGACUUUCCAGAGCGGGCAGUGAUAUAACUUCUAAAUCUUAGUUUUGCAGCAACAAGCACAACAUACAAUUUUCAUCAUUGGUAUCAAGACGUUUCGAUUCAGAACUAGGGGGAGCGUUCAGGAGAGUUGAAUAAUGCCAAUUUCAGCUGUAAAAAACAUAACGAUUCAAUCCCCCCACUGAAGUAGAACCGCUGCUUCUUCCGUUGGGGUGAUUUGCUAAGAGUUUACCGCUCGACUGGACUAAUCAACCACUGCCCUCGGAAGAAAGAUGAAAGGGUUCAGGAAGGAUUCAGGGUUACUGAUGCUGAUCAUCUUUGCUGUAGUUGUCGCUACGGCGAGCGCAGUCUCAGAUCCUAUCGAAACGGCUGCACUGCUGGCUUUCAAGGAAAGCAUCGGCGACACAAAGGGAGUGCUAUCCAAAUGGCAAGGCAGCGAUCCAUGCGGACCCCCGUCCUGGACUGGCAUCUCGUGCGCUUCCAACGCCACCGCAUCAAACUUUUCCCAUGUCACGGAACUCUAUUUGCUGUGGUACGGUUUCACAGGCACGAUUUCACCGCAACUUGGCGACCUCACAUACCUGAGAAUACUGAACCUAAUGGGAAACAGGAUCAAAGGCAAAAUCCCACCGGAGCUCGGAACCAUAAAAUCCAUUCAGCUCCUACUUCUGAAUGGAAACCAGUUGACGGGACCGAUCCCACCAGAAUUGGGUAACCUUGCGAGCAUGAUCAGACUUCAGCUCGACGAGAAUCUUCUCAGCGGCAACAUUCCCCAGAGCCUUGGAAACCUAACCAAUCUCCGGCACAUGCAUCUCAAUAACAAUUCUCUUACUGGAACUAUUCCAAAAGAAAUAAACGGCAACAAUGGUUCAAAACUUGUACAUGUGCUGGUGGACAAUAACAACUUGACGGGUCCGUUGCCUGCAUCUCUUGGAUCUCUGCCCGAAAUCGUUAUCAUACAAGUGGAUAAUAACCCCAGCAUCGGUGGCCAUCUUCCCGUUGAGUGGGUCCAGAACCCUUCCCUCAUGAAGCUAAGCGCGAGGAACUGUUCCCUGACAGGCACGAUACCCAAUCUUGCUGAUGCGACAAAUUUGACGUAUUUGGACUUGAGCAAGAAUCAAUUUGCAGAAACGUUCCCGAGCAACUUUUCUUCUAGGCUCAUAACCAUUGAUGUGUCGGAGAAUAACCUCGUUGGACCAAUUCCUGAUACCAUUGGUGAUCUUCAAGAGUUUCAGGCCUUGCGGUUUGCUUACAACCGUUUCAAUGGGACGAUUCCCGACACUCUGGGGACUGUCUUCAGUAGUGUACUCGAAAGCCAGCAUACUCUUGUAGAUCUUCGCAACAACUCGCUCACUGGCAUAGACUUGAAGACCACUUUUCGUCUAACACGGUUUCGUGUCAUGAUUGAUCGAUCUGUAUCUGACAGAAUUUCUGGAAAUCCUAUAUGCGAUGCCACAAACAUCGCGGAUAAGUAUAGACUGAAGUACUGCUUCGAGCAGGGUAACCAUACGGUAGGAGACCAUGCCAGCGGAGGUUUAGCGGGGUGUGCGAAAUGCGAUCCUCCCCAGGUGUCGGUGCUUGAAUCUUCCGGGAAAUGCCGAUGUGCGCAGCCAAUUCGAAUGGAUCUCCGACUCAAAAGCCCAAGCUUCACUUUCUUCGACCGCUUCCGACAUGAAUUCUUCUCCUUGGUCUACACAAUGUUGAAUCUUUCCGAUUCUCAAGUAAGCAUCAGAGAGUUGGAUUGGCAGGCCGGCCCUCGUCUACACAUUCUGCUGUUCUUGUUUCCAUUGAGCACAACGUUCGACGACGAGGAGUAUGAGAGGAUCUUCGAUACUGUUGCCAGCUGGGAAAUGUCGGCUGUCACGGAAUGGAAACUCUCCGUGAUCGGUCCUUACGAUCUGCUCGAGUUUCAUAAAGUGCAGGAGGGUCCGUCGAAUAGAACUUCAAAGGUUGCGAUUGCUGGAAUUGUGGUAUUCAUAUUGGUGGCUGUUGCAGUUGCCACAUGUGCAUUCAUGUGUUUGAAUCGCAAGUACAGGACCAAAUUGCUGAGGAAAACCUUCGUCGAGAGAAGUCCAGCGAUGAUGCCGCCGGGUCUGAAGCUUGCCGGAGUGAAAGCAUUCACGUUUGAGGAAAUUAAGCAGGCAACAAAUAACUUCCACGUUGACUGCGUGCUUGGGAGAGGCGGCUAUGGGCAUGUAUACAGAGGCAUUCUUCCGGAUGGAAUGGCGGUCGCUGUGAAGCGAGCCAGUGGAGGCUCUCUCCAGGGUUCAGAGCAAUUUUACACUGAAAUAGAGCUCUUAUCGCGUCUGCACCACAGGAAUCUCGUAUCUCUAAUUGGCUUCUGUAACGAUCAAGGAGAACAGAUGUUGAUAUACGAAUUUUUGCCGAGGGGAAAUCUUCGUGACCACCUCAAACCCACUGUGAUCUUAGACUACGCAACAAGAAUACGAAUUGCGUUGGGGACUGCCAAGGCUAUCCUCUACCUUCACACUGAGGCAAAUCCCCCUAUUUUCCAUCGCGACAUCAAGACGAACAACAUACUACUAGACCAGAAUUUGAAUGUGAAGAUCUCCGAUUUCGGUAUCUCUAAACUUGCUCCAGCACCGGAGAUGAGUGGUACCACCCCUGACGGCAUUUCAACCAACGUGAGGGGCACUCCGGGCUACUUGGAUCCGGAAUACUUCAUGACCAAGAAACUGACAGACAAGAGCGACGUCUUCAGCUUUGGUGUGGUUCUACUAGAGCUGAUUACUGGCAUGUUACCCAUUGCUCAUGGGAAGAACAUGGUGCGAGAGGUACGAGAUGCGUUAAAUGAUGGUAAGUUCUGGGACCUUGUGGAUCCGUGCAUGGGAUCUUAUUCGAUUAAAGGAAUCGAGGAACUUCUGGUCUUGGGUCUAAAGUGUGUUGACACCGACCCAGUAAAACGCCCUCAGAUGAUUGAGGUGACACGAGACUUGGACAUGAUUAUGAGGGAUACUGUCCCACCGGAAUCUCCAACCUACUGGAAUAAUGGCGAUUCCUUUGGGAGAGCGUCAGAAAGAUGGCCACUUAACAGGAGCAGAAGUUUCAUCCCAAACAACUCAUAUUGGACAUCGGAGGAAGAGUUUAUUGCAAGUCGUUCAUAUGGCCCACUCGGACCACCCGUGAGUAUAGAGUUGCAACCACGAUGAGCCCAUAGCGUUACGUGUGGUCAUGUUCUUGCAAUUGUGUGAACAUUUUGGGCGGACAUUCUCGAGAUUGCACGAGAUGAGACUGCAAGAGGCAAAGCAAAAGCGACAUUGUCGUCUCUGUAAGCCCGUGAUCCUUACCAUUAUACUUUGUUCCAAUUUACAUGAACACUCCAAGGAAUACUACUUCGAUCAUAUCGUGAGCAUCACUUGCUAUA